AUGUUGAUCGACACAGGUGCGCUUCUUGAAGUUCACGGAUCUUCCUCCCUAGCUUCACAGACUUUAUUAAGGUUUUUUUUGUUCAUUUUUUCACCGAUUUAUGAACUUUUAGAUUUAUGUUUAGUCAAUGCGUUUCUUUUAGGCGAAAGGAGAAAUUACAUAUUCCAAGUGGUGGAUUCUGCAGAACUUUCACAUCCUGACAGGGAUUUAGUUGAUGAGGCAUUGAAGGCCUCAAUAAGGGUUAACGGAUAUCUACAUGUGAGUAUCUAAAUACAAAUCUUACUCUGUACAAUGCGGUACUGAAAGCUGAUCAAGAUCAGACUCUAACAAGCAAUGAAGCUAAAAGUUGCACGAGAUCUUCGCAUUGAUUUUGAAAAGGGUGGAAUUCAUCUAUCUGCAGGGGUCCUCGUGGAGGUGGCUAGUCAUAUAAUAGAGGUGGAAUGUAAUCAUAAAUGGGCUGGAAUGGAAUGCAAUAUGGAAUGGCUGGAAAGGGAAUAGGAAUGGAGAUAAUCAACAACUGAACCCGAUAAGACCAAGGCUGCCUCUGAAUAGGAAUCCUGGUCUCGUCUUGAUGCUAUUUGUCUUCAAUGGAUAUAUUAUCGCACCAGGACCUUCUUCAUACUAUUCUUAAAAUGUUGGCGGACCAACUUGCCAAUGUGGGUAAUCCGGUUUCAAACCAGCACCUUGUUUUACAACAGAUUGCUGGUCUCAAUGAAAGCUAUGAAGGUGUGGCCAUGCUCAUCCAACAAACCACGCCCCUACUUGAUUUCUAUGAUGUUCGUUCAAAAUUAAUCAUGGAAGAAGCCCGGAAAGCACAUCAAGCAGCUACCUCUCCCUCUUCGGGUGCCUCAGCUAACGCCCUAACAGUAUCAACACCGAACACAGCCAAAAACCAGUGACAACAGUCGCUACAACCAACAACAAUCAGAAUACUCCAACUCUAGAGGGCGACGUGUCCAUGGUCGUGGACGAUCCUUGAACAGACGAGAACGUGGAUCAAACAGCAGCCAUCAUCAGUCGUCAUACGGGUCAGGUUCUCAUCCCUAUCAACCUUGGUCCACGCCGCCUCCAUGGGCUUUGAUCGCGAGCUUACCCGUACCCGACUCAACUUUAUGCAUCCUCUAAGCCUCCUCCUAAUGUCCCCGGUAUCCUUGGCAGUCGACCUCAAUCUCAAUUCUCAACAACCUCAACAGGCCUACACCCCCUCGGAGGCAAGCUACACACCUACCAUCUUGAGCAAGCAUUCCAUACGAUGACCCUCCACCCACCUGAUCAAACUAGGUAUGCUGACACUUGGGCAACAUCUCCUAUGACUCAUACUCAGGUAACUUUACGUAUUAUAUCGAUAAUGGUCUUUAUCAUAACCUGAUUGUAGGUAAUUGCUCAACUAUUCGAAUCCAAGGUACAGGCCAUCAAACCCUCCCAUAUCCAUUCCCUUCUUUACUUCUUAAAAAUGUUCUUCACACACUUAAUGUAAUCAAAAAACCGUUUAUCUAUUUGUUGGUUUACUGUUGACAAUAAUAUUUCAGUUGAAUUUGACCCGUUAGGUUUUGAUGUGAAGGACUUCCGGACGCACAACUCCCGUCAUCUGUUGCAAUAGUAUCGGCGAUCUUUACCCAUUCACAUUCAGAUCAUCUUCCCAAGUUACGCCUCCUUCAACCUUUGCUGCAAUUACUAGAGACCUGUGGCACCAUCGGCUUGGUCAUCCUGGCAUGAAUACUUUAUUUUCUUUAAAUCGUGUUUGCAUUUUGAUUCCAGUUCUAAACAUUUAUCUACAAUUUUCUCUUCAUGUGUGUUUGGAAAACAAUCAAAGUUUCCUUUCUCUAUUUCUAAUUCUAGUACACAUUUGCCUUUCGAUAUAAUCUAUAC